GCACUUACAGGGACGAAGACACGGAAAACAGUACAUACAUGUAUAGGCAGCCACGCUCAAAUCAUUUGGUAAAAUGGCGAGCGACGUUCAAAAGUUUGUCGGAACUGACGAAGUGAAAACGGUGAAGUUUUGGAAAUCGGUGACGGCGGAGGUGCUUUCUACGGCGAUAAUGAUGAUAGUCCAGUGUUCUGUGCCUUUGAAAUGGCCGGGAAAUAACGACUCGGGGACCACGGUUCAGAUUGCUUUGGGGAUGGGGUUCGUCGUGAUGUGUAUGAUAGAGGCUUUUGGUCAUAUUUCCGGGGCGCAGAUGAAUCCAUCAGUAUCGAUAGCGAUGUUGAUUGCUCGGAAAAUUUCAUUAUUGAAAGCAAUAUUUUACAUCAUUGCACAGUGUUCAGGGGCCUUCCUCGGGUCUGGACUUAUCUAUAUUAUAACGCCAGCUAACGCCACGGGCGGUUUAGCCACAACUACCGUAAACCGCGAUAUGACCCCAGCACAGGGGAUGGUGGUCGAAAUGUACCUGACCUUCAUGCUCGUCUUUGUCAUUUUUGGGGCCACGGACAGCAGAAAGAAGAUCACGAUGCCCAGUCUGGUCAUAGGCAUGGCAGUGGCCAUGAACAUUUGUACGGGGAUCAACCACACUGGGGCCAGUAUGAACCCAGCCCGGUCACUGGGACCUGCUGUCUACGUUAACAUAUGGACUGACCACUGGGUGUAUUGGGCUGGGCCUAUCUCAGGUGCCAUCCUGGCUACACUGGCUUAUAACUUCGGCUUCGUCCUACACUGCACCAAGAAGGAAAAGGAACUUGAAGAAGAAAAGAAAUAUGCAGAAACUUUACCUGACCCAACAGUUAUAGAAAGGGUUUGCGGAAGGUACUGCGGUACACUGAACAGCGGGCUGAUGCCAGCACGAGUUACAAGCGAAUCCACGUUUACACUGGAAACAUCGGACAGCACAGCGCAUUUUCAAUUGUGAUAGAUGCGAUUUCCCAGAGGAGGCGAGACGCAUUCUUUGGUUAAACAAUUGGAUAGCUAAAUUAUCUUCUACAGCUGUAAUUCCACCCAAUCAGGAGUAAAAUUUUAAGCAUUAUUUCUCAUAAUGAGAAAGAUUUAAUAGAAAUUUAUUGCGAUGUUUGUAUUGUUAGGAUUUUAAUUAUUGAAUUUGUUUUUCAAAUACUCUCAUUGUUGGCAAGCAUAAAUGAUGUCAUAAGACCACACCAUAGGAAACUUGGAUUUUCUGUACUUCAGAAUAUCAAAUAUUCACUUAUAUUUCUAAUACCAAAAGUGCAGUUAUGAAACCCUUAAUAUGAAGUGCUCAAGGCGAUAUCAUCUACAAAGGGAACUAAAGGGAGGCUUUCAUCAAUGACUUUUAUCUUCUGUUUUACCCCCUCCCCCUUCUUCGUUUGCUGCAUCGUUUGAGAUUAUUCCAUUAGUGUUCUCCAUUCCCUUCUUUUAAACCCACACAUAUUUUCACUUUUUACAAGCAUGUACUGGAAUUAUUAAAAGCAUCUCAGGUAAAAAAUAGUAAGAAUAAAAAGCGACCCGUUUUUUGGAUACGAAAAAAAAGGAUGCACAUUAAAAACUGAUAAAAUUAGCUAAUUUUUUACUGUUCUUUUUUCUUAACUUUGAUAAAAUGAUUGUAUCAUACAUAUAAGAAUAAAGCAGUAAUUUUUCUUCAA